AUGAGGAAGAGUUUCUACAUUGCCAGCCUCGCCAGGUCACUUGUUCACCGUAGGCAAUCUUCAGAUAAAGGAGGACUUGGCUGCAAAAGGACGCACACGAUUAACUCAUUUGAACCUUUUUCCUCCAGCGUGGAUUGUACUGACUGCAGCUUUCCGUCUUGUUUUCCUGACGGGGAAAGUUUCACGUGGUGUCCACAGUCGGCGCUGCGCACGACACGCAACCGUCACCAACUUGGCUCUUGCCAACGCCAUGCGGCCGGCUUUCAGCAACUCGGAGGGGAGACAGUGACUGGAACCCUUGCGCUCUCAGUCUUCACUGCGGUUCUGGGGUCUCUGCAGUUUGGAUACAACAUUGGCGUCAUCAAUGCACCUCAAAAGAUCAUCGAGGCGGAGUACAAUGCUACAUGGGUGCACCGGUACGGAGACCCCAUCCCGCUGGGGACCCUCACCUCCCUGUGGUCCCUGUCUGUGGCCAUCUUCUCCAUAGGAGGCAUGCUGUCGUCCUCCUGCGUGGGCUUCAUCUCUGAGCUGCUGGGCAGGAGGAAAGCCAUGCUCAUAAACAACCUGUUAGCCUUUAUCGGUGGAGGUCUGAUGGGCAUGUCCAAGAUCAGCCGCUCCUUCGAGAUGAUGAUCCUGGGUCGCUUCAUCAUCGGUGCCUAUUGUGGGUUGGCGUCCGGCUUGACACCCAUGUACGUGGGUGAAAUUGCCCCCACCAGUCUGCGAGGGGCGCUGGGUACCCUCCAUCAGCUGGCCAUAGUCACUGGUAUUCUCAUAGCACAGAUUCUUGGUUUGGAGUCUUUGCUGGGCAGUGAGGAGUUAUGGCCGGUGCUGCUGGGCGUGACGGUCCUGCCCACCGUGCUUCAGAUGUCACUGUUGCCCUUCUGCCCUGAGAGCCCCCGCUUCCUCUACAUUAUCCGCUGCCAGGAGCACCACGCCAAGAGCGGCCUGCGGAGGCUGACAGGUAAGCAGGAAGUGGGGGACAUGCUGGCAGAGAUGAAGGAGGAGAAGAGGAGGAUGGACAUGGAGAAGAAGGUGUCCAUCUUGGAGCUCUUCCGCUCGCCGCUCUACCGUCAGCCCAUCUUCAUCGCCAUCCUGCUGCAGCUCUCCCAGCAGCUGUCCGGCAUCAACGCUAUCUUCUACUACUCCACCAGUAUCUUUAUGAAGGCGGGCGUGCAGAGUCCAGUCUACGCCACCAUAGGAGCCGGCGUCGUAAACUGUGCCUUCACCGUGGUCUCGCUCUUCCUGGUGGAGAGGAUGGGUCGGCGGACACUCCACAUGCUGGGAUUGGGCGGGAUGUGCAUCAGUGCCAUCAUCAUGACAAUAGCUCUCGCCUUAUUGGAAAAAGUUCCCUGGAUGAGCUACAUCUGCAUGCUGGCCAUCUUUGGCUUUGUGGCCUUCUUCGAGGUGGGUCCGGGCCCCAUCCCCUGGUUCUUUGUUGCCGAGCUCUUCUCUCAGGGCCCCAGGCCGGCGGCCAUGGCUGUGGCUGGCUGCUCCAACUGGACCGCCAACUUCAUAAUUGGCAUGGGCUUCCAGUAUAUUGCGGACCUCUGCGGGCCGUACGUCUUCCUGAUCUUUGCAGUGUUGCUCCUCUUCUUCCUCAUCUUCACAUUCUUCCGGGUGCCGGAGACGCGGGGCAAGACCUUCGACCAGAUCGCCACCAACUUCCACCAGCGCUUGCCGGGGGGCAGGAUGGACAUGGACAUGGACAUGGACCUGGGCAAGACCAGCACCGAGUUGGACUACCUGGGCGAGGAAAACCUCAACUGAGCACAAAAAAAAAGAAAAGAAAAAAAAACAAAAACAAAAGGAAAGCUGAGAUGGAGGAGAAAGAAACGGAGCUGGGUACACCUUGGGGUGAACUGUAUAUCUGAACCUGACUCCAAACUGAAAACCCCCUCGUCUUUAUUUACCGAGAGGGGUAUCCCGAUAUCAGCCGUUAUAGUCACAUAGCAGCGAAGGCAAAGCGGGUUUUUGGGGGUUCACAAGUUUGGUUUGAGGAAAAAGUUUUGGAAUCAGGCUUUUUUUUGUACAGUACCAGAGAAAACCCACACAGAGUCAGGGUUGCCAUGUGAGAGGGAGUCAGCAGUACACGGUCACUAGCUUCGCCCCAACAAACAUAAAUGAAGAAGUGUCUGGACUUUGAAAGGCAUCACCCGCCAAGGUGUACAACGUUGAAUAGAUGGCGGAGAAUUUAUUCCAAAAAAGGUGUUUGUACACAGAUGGGGUAUUGACAGGUAGAUGGAGAGACUUUGGAAUUCCUGCACUUUAUAUUUUAAGAAACCGUAAAAAAGAAAAAAAAAUUGUCCCCAAUAUUCAGAAAUGGGGGGUUCACGUUAGAGACAGCUGUGGAUGACCAUGGCGACACCGCUUUCUGAGGUUCAUAAGAAACUCGGUGGAUAGUCCGUCUGCAGAGAUGCAACCGUUGCGAGAGCAAAUUAUGUAUUUUAAUACUUAAUGUAUAUAGUGUUGGUUUGACAAAAAAAAAAAAAAAGUGAGGGUCUGCACAUUGUUUUAUCAGCUGUCUGAAGAUGAGGUGUACUAGAGCAAGAUCAGUAAGCCCAUCUAGCUUCUUGGUGAUCAGCUUUGUGUGGCAGGAGACAGUUGGUGUGACUUCCUGGUGUCAGUAGCAUGAGCUGUUUGCUGUCCUUUGACUAGUUUGUAUGUCUCCCUUUUGCAGAUUUGUAUGUAUACUGCUGACAGAGGACCUGUAAUUUAUAGUGCACACUGCUGCAGUGGUCAUGUUAACUUUAUACCGGCAUACAGCAGCAAAAAA